UUUCUCUGCCGCUUUUCCUUUUUUUGGAUGAUAUUCUGCGGUCUUGGAUUGGAAAAAACUUUGUAUACAUAUAUUGUAUAAUAUUUAAUUAAAUAUAUAUUAUAUGGACACCGUGGAGGGAGAGGAAGUAUAUAACAAGUAGAUAGGGACCAAUGGCAGCAUGAUAUUGACCCUACAUUCAAUUUGGUCUUGUGCCCAAACCAGGGCUUUAGGCUUUCAUGCCCAAAUAAAUAAACAAAGGGAUCAAAGAUCAAGGUGGGGGAUAGAUUCGCUUUGUCUGCAGAUCGAUUUAAUUAAUAAAUAUCUCUUGUUGGAAAAUAAAUUAAUUAAACAAAUAAAAAGAGAAACGGGAACUGAAUUUUUGCCGUAAAUAUGCACAAAUAUAUACGGAUUGUGGACUGUGCAUAUAAGUUUUGUGAUACAAGUAAGACGGGGAGAGAGCUAGCCUCUGAUCUCAAUAUCGUGCUUUUUAGAUACAGGUAUACGUACAUAUAUAAUAUAUACUAGUAUAGAGAAGUUGCUUUAAGAAAAAAGGCGCAUCAAUUAAGUGAACGGAUAAGAUUUCUGUACGCAUAGAUAUAUAUAUGUAUGGACACGUAAAAGAAAGCAUUUCUUGAAUCCUCAAUAUACCUCUCCAACCCCAUCAUCAUGUUUGGUUGGCGCCGUGGGAAGACUCAUUUGUCCAAUGCCAUGUCUAUUGUGGAGCUGUUGGUGCAUAUGGAUUGUGAAGGAUGCGAGAAGAGGGUUCGAAAAGCCAUCUCAAAAAUCGAUGGUGUUGACAGCUUAGAGAUAGACAUGGAUAAGCAGAAGGUGACAGUGAUGGGGUACGUAGAGCAGAGAAAGGUGUUGAAGGCGGUGAGAAGAACGGGGAGGAAGGCGGAGUUUUGGCCUUUUCCAUACGACGGUGAAUAUUAUCCAUACGCCUCGCAGUAUCUUGACGAAUCAACCUUCUCUUCUUCUUAUAAUUACUACAUGCAUGGCUUCAAUGAAAGCGUGCAUGGCUAUUUCCCCGACCAGGCUUACUGCACCGUCCCUGAUCAUACCGUUCAUCUUUUUAGUGAUGAUAAUGUUCAUGCUUAUUGCUCUAUUAUGUGAACCUCCUCUAUCAAUAAUAUUAUUAUAU